AAUAAACCCUUAGCAUAAACCUUAGCCCCCCACCAAAAAACAAGCACAUUUUUGCAGCAACCAUGGCAGAUCAACAACACUCUCAACUCUCAUCUCUUCGUGCUCUUGAACUUCGUCUCCUACAUUCCUCUCUUCCACUCUCCUCUUUCCCCAAUCAACCCACACCCACUUCUUCUUUUUCUCACAUCCACACCCUUAUUACACAAGUUCUUGAAUUCAUUGAGUUGGGUCAAUAUACACAAGCACUCUCUUCUAAUGCUGCCAAAGCUAUUUUCUCAUCAUCUCAACCUCAUCAGCUUAAUGAUUCUUCCGAGUCUGCUGAGUUUUUUUACUCAGAAUUUGUGCCCCAAUGUGUUACUUUGUUUUUAAAUACAGAUGGGGUUGAAGAUUCUGGUCCUAAUAGCUUAGGGAAGAUUUAUAAAGCAGUUCUUGUUAUGGCUGUUGCUGUUGCGGCGAUUCUUUGUUUUACUCAAUGUAAUAUUACAGGGCCAAUGGUGAAGUUGCCGCCAAUGCCUUUAGGUGCAAUAGUUUUUGGUGAAGGAGAGAUGAAGACUAGUUCUGGUGGAUGGUCAGAAUGGGAAGUGUGGGCGCAGAAGGAGUUAAUGUCUGUUGGUUCUGACUUGCGUGCCAAAUUUUCGAAUUUGCAGUAUAUUACCUUUGCCAAGAUACUGCUUAUGAGGACGAAAGAUCUUUUGUCAGAAGGAAACGACUCGGGGGCGGAUGGAGCCAGAAGCAUCUCGUGGUGGUUAGCUAGGCUGUUAAUCAUCCAACAGAAGUUGUUGGAUGAUCGCUCAUCUUCUUUGUUUGAUCUAUUGCAAGUCUUCACGCGUGAAAGUUUGCAACAUAUUGGUUCUCUGGAGAAAGUAAGAGAUUAUUGGGCUUCUCUGAUUCCAGAAGAGGAUGCUUCUGCAGUUGUAUCUAUGCUUCAUUUGGAGGCAGGAAUAAUGGAACUUACUUAUAGCCGAGUUGAUGCUUCCAGGGUCCAUUUUGAAUCAGCUGCAGCAAUAUCCAGACUUAAUUUUUCGCUAAGUGGAGCUUUGGGCUUUCGUACGUUACACCAGGCGGAACCAAAAGCACAACUUCUUCUUGUAGGUAACGCAGAUGGUGAUGAUGGUAGUGCUUCACUUGGUAAUGAGUUCCAAAAUAAGGUUUCUACCUUUGGUGAAAAUGCUUGUCCUCAACAUCCCAGUGAAACUCAUGAAGCAUCUACUGAUGAGGCAUCUGACAUAUUAAUGACCCCCAGAUUCUUGGAAGUUGAUAAAAAUUCAGAAAAUAGUGCACAAGGUGCUCAAAAUCAGAGUAUAGCCUCUAUGCAAUUAAAGCCUACUCAGCAAGCAGUAAUUUUAGCACAAUGUCUCUCUAUUGAGAAGAGAGCUCGGAGUGAUGAAUUGCAAAGGUGGGAGAUGGCCCCUUAUAUUGAGGCAACUGAUUCCCAGCAAUCAUCACCUUUUACGCUACAGCAUUUGUGUGAUAUAUUACGCAUUAAGUGGGAAUCAACUCGUGGCCGUACAAAGCAGCGUGCAUUGCUGAUGAUGGAUAAACUGGUUCAGGGCAUAUACAAUCCUUCUCCUGGAGCUACACAGAGGAUGAAUUGUUGUUUUGGAGUUAAUAUCCCCACGAUUCCUGCAUUGUGCAAGGAGUAUGGAGAUCUUCUAGUGAGCUGUGGUUUGAUAGGGGAAGCUGUUAAAGUGUACGAGGAUCUUGAGCUUUGGGAUAACUUAAUAUACUGUUAUAGGCUAAUGGAGAAGAAAGCGGCAGCAGUUGAACUUAUCAAAGCUCGGUUAUCCGAAAGACCAUUUGACCCUAGAUUAUGGUGUUCCCUUGGAGAUGUUACGAACGAUGGCAAAUGCUAUGAAAAAGCCCAGGAAGUGUCAGGGAAUAAGUCUGCUCGAGCACAGCGUUCCCUUGCCCGUAGUGCAUACAACAGGGGGGAGUACGAGAAGUCAAAAGAUCUAUGGGUAUCUGCAAUGGCAAUGAAUUCUUUGUAUCCAGAUGGAUGGUUUGCACUUGGUGCUGCUGCUUUAAAGGCUCGAGAUGUUGAUAAGGCACUGGAUGGCUUCACACGUGCCGUUCAGCUUGAUCCUGAAAAUGGAGAGGCUUGGAAUAAUAUCGCUUGCCUGCAUAUGGUUAAGAAGAAAAACAAGGAAGCUUUUAUUGCGUUUAAGGAAGCCUUGAAGCUGAAGCGAGACAGCUGGCAGAUGUGGGAAAAUUUUAGCCGUGUUGCUGCAGAUAUUGGAAAUUUCAGUCAGGCACUGGAAGCAGUACAGAAGGUGCUGGAUAUGACAAAGAAGAAGCGAAUUGAUGUCGAAUUACUGGAGAGGAUGUUGCAAGAGCUAGAAUUACGGACUUCAACUGGUCAUUCUGAAUACGAUGCUUUGAGGGAUAGCAGUGAUUCUGCUGAGGCUGGUUCCAACAUGAUUAAUGUUGAUCCAUUGACCAGCUCGGACAAAGACUUGGCAAGAGAACGGGAAACUGAAAACUUGAUUCAGAUAGUGGGGAAAAUCUUACGGCAGAUUGUUCAAACUGGCGGGAAUGCUGAGAUUUGGGGACUCUAUGCGAGGUGGCAUAAACUCAAAGGAGAUCUUGCAAUGUGUUCAGAGGCCCUUCUUAAGCAAGUCAGAUCAUACCAGGGAUGUAUUGGGUCUUUCAUGGCAGUCUUUCGUUGCUGAAUUUGGUUUCUGAAACUGAAAAACAAUAACAGACAUGUGCGUUGUGUGUGAGACCAAAUUACUAGUCCUAAACUUGUAUUUCGUCUCGACGUUUGUGGAACUAAUUAAGAUUCCUACUCUAUAAAUGCACCAUUGAAGUUCCUCUGCCCUUUGUUUCAUUAGCAACACAGGAUUAGAAAACACAGCAUGACCAAUGUCUGUGUCCCCAACCAAUUUAUUUUUUCAUCUGUUUCUCUAUUGCUGCUAGUAUUAAUAAAAAUGCUGUAUUGUUGGCUCACAUGUUUGCCUUCUUUUCCUCACAAAAUUAUAGAGCUUGAAUCCCUCAUCUUUUCUAGUGUGGCGUAACUGCUUAAUAGAGACUUUUUUUUUUCAUUUGGAUAGCACUCUCAAACCCUUGGCUACUUAUUCUCUAAUACUCCCUCCGUCCCAAUUUAUGUGAUGUAGUUUGACUAGGCACGGAGUUUAAGAAAGAAAGGAAGACUUUUGAAACUUGUGGUCUAAAACAAUUCAUAGAUAUUUGUGUAGCUGUAAAUCAUUUCAUUAAGGGUAAAAAGGCAAGUUUCAAGUUCAAUUAUUUCUAAAUUUAGAAAUGUAUCAUUCUUUUUGGGACAGAGGACAGAAGGAGUAUAUAUUGUCAGGAAUCUAGUGAGGAACACAGUAAUAUAGUUUGGCAGUCAAAUGCAUUAUAAAGGAAAGUUAAAGUACUUUUCAGUAAGCAGUAAGAAAUUUCUGUGCGGGCUGGAAGCCAUCACUGAGGAUGCAGUUGGAUCUUACACGGGGUCUCUGCACUUCUGCAGAAUAAUGAUAGUUUAGGUUCAUCAUGGUGAUAUGCCUAGUGGAUAUAAGCUAGAACAGCUGGAUCCCAGGAAGAUCGAUAUUUGGUGGGGCAAGGUGAUAAAGUAAAGCUGAGUAAGAUAAACAAUGAGAGAUGAGAUGAUUGAUAAGGUGUUUGUAUAAUGGUUCUCCAAUGAUGCAUUUAUGCUGGUAGGUUAAGUAUUAAUAUUUACUGGUUAUAUCGGAGCAAAAAGGAUAACUAACUUAUUAGGUUUUAAUGCUAUCUAUGACAUUAAAAGUUCUUUAGUUUUUUGUUAAUGGUUCUCCGAUGGCACGUCUCUUUCAGCAGUUUUAGCAUUCAUACAUAUGGUUUAUACUCUGCUAUGAGGUGUGCACACUUAUAUGCUCUAAAGGAACCUGACUUUUUUCCCGUCAGUUUUAUGGCGGACUUCCUACAUAUUUGCUUGUCUUGUCAUAUUUCCAAUAUUGUCACCUCUUCCUGGACCCAUUUUUUUGGGUUGCGAAAGAAGAGUGUUAAUUUCUUUCGCCUAUGGUUUGUGCAUGCUUAGAUAAUUUAUCAGGCUUUGACAUUUUACUCCCACAUUCCAAUAUUCCCACAAUGACU